AUGGCCUUCCAAUCGCCACUCAUCGCCAUACCCCGCAAGACCACCCAGGACGUAGACUGGACAGGACCCAUCCGGCACGUCAUCGCUGCCUCCUACGGCGAGGAUCCCAACGCGUACCAGGAAGAAUGCUCCGUACUGCAGAGAGUGAGGCAGGAUGCUGUGAGGGGUGCAGGAAGUGAUUUCACUGGCCGUGAUCUGCUGUACAAGUACUUUGGACAACUGGAGCUGCUCGAGCUGCGCUUCGCUGAGAUCAAGGUUUCGUUUGCAUGGAAUGAUGCCUUUACCACCAAGCUCACCACCCAAACAUCUCUGGCAUUCGAGAAAGCCUCCAUCAUCCACCUCAUAUCCGCCAUCCUCUCUUCCAUCGCCCAGUCAUCUUCCCGUUCCGACCCCGAAGGCCUCAAGCGAGCCUACUACAACACCAGAGCAUGCGCAGGCAUGCUGACCUAUAUCAACGAAAACUUCCUACACGCCCCUUCAACAGAUCUGGGCAGGGAGGUUGUGCAUCUGCUGAUAGGGAUCAUGAUGGCGCAAGCUACAGAGAUCUUUACUGAAAAGUUGAUCGAGGAGAAAAAGUCGCCUGCUUUGGUAUCGAGGUCGGCAAACCAGACGGCGUCUUCCUACAGCGCUGCUGUGGAAGAGAUGAAGGAGUUUCAGGGGAAGGGCGUUUUCGACAGAAACUGGCUCAAUGUCCUGCAAAUCAAGAGCAAGCUCUUUGCCAGUAUCGCUCAGUACUACAAGGGUACAGCAGACAAUGCUGCUGGAAAGCACGGCGCGGCCCUUGUGCGCUUCAGGCUCGCCGAUACCUUUGCCCAAGACGCUCAACGCCAAUCAUCAUCAUUCAACUACACCUUUGUCGCCACUGCUACACCAUCCCUUCCAAAUGACGCGGGUAGCAAUCUCCACGAGAUCGUCAAAGCCCAUACGACUGUAUGCAAAGAGGCUAAAGAACAGGCUACGAAAGAUAACGACCUCAUCUAUAACGAAGUCUUGCCUUCCGAAGCCAGCUUGCCAGCAAUUGAGAAACUGCCGCCUUCACCCCCCAUCACUAUCCAGGAAGUGUAUGCCAAUCCUGAAGUCACCCGGCUUAUCGGCCCUGAUAUCUUUAUCAAGCUUGUGCCUCUAGCUGUGCAUGAGAGCGCCAGUGUGUACUCGGAAGAAAAGGCAAAGCUCGUGAGAGCAGAGGUCGAGAGGGUAGAGUCGUCCGAGGGCGAGAUUCGGGCAGCACUCGAUCAUCUCGGGCUCCCUGGAGAGAUUUUGAAAUGGCGAAAGAUUGUCGAAGACGAUUCGCCCCAGGGGGAGGUGGAGCUCAGCAGAGAAUUGAGGCAGCUGGUGGACACCAGUGGAGAUGCGAGAAAUGUCGAGAGAGAGCUGUCUAGAUUAUCCAAUGAAAGAGAACGGUGCGAGAGGGAGCUGCGGGAAUUGAGCUCGGCAUUGGACAAUGAGAGUCGGGAGUGUGAGCGUAUGCGGGCCAAGCAUACACCCCAAUUCACCCAGUCUCCAUCAGGUCCCCAGACUUCCAAUCUCCGUUCAAACAUCUCUGCCAACCUCUCUGCGCUCUCCUCCGCUGCGGCGUCCGACUCACAACUUUCCUCUCUAUACCAAAGCGUCCAACCCGCCAUCGCUCUCUUGUCUUCCGGACAAAGCCAACUUGAAAGCAUCGCAAGCCAAGUAGCCAAGGGCAAGCCGCAGAACGCCGAGGACCGGGGUAUGAGUUUGUUGGAUCUGCAGGACGAAGAUGAAGGGCAGGGUGGGUUGUCCGCGAAAGAGAAGGAGAGCUUGCAGAAAGCAAUAAAGGAAGGCACUGAGAAGCUCGAGAGAUUGGGCAAGAUCAGGAGGGAAAGGGACGAAGUGUUGAAGGACUUGAAGGAGAAGAUCCAGGCGGACGACGUAUCAAACCUUCUCCUCCUCAACCGCCGCUCCUCGAAUGUGGAGCCACAACUCUUUGCCUCUGAACUCGAAAAGUUCCGUCCUUAUCAGACCCGUGUUGCUGCUGCUUCCUCGGCUGCGAAAUCCUUGACUCAAGAGCUCGAGAUGCUCAUUGCCCAAGUCCAAAGAGGAAGAGGAGUAAAGGACCUGUCGAGAAAGGACAAGGAAAAGAGCAAGAGGGUCGGGCAGUGGGAGAAGGGAUUGAUCAAAGCUGGGGAGAGUCUGGCCGAGAUUAGGGCUGGACUGGGCAAAGGGCUGAGCUACUAUGAGAGUUUGGCGCGUGUCAUUGAGGAUCUCAAGCGAGAGGUACGCGGCUUUGUGAGCUCGAGAGAUCAAGAGAGGAGCCGAAUGGUCAGUGAAAUUGAGGCCCGGCAACGUUUGGGCGGUGCCGCAUCUCCGAGCACAUCAGGAACCAGAGGAUUGGAGGAGAGGUUGUCAAGCUUGAGUAUGGGUGCGCCCCCACCUCCUUCUCGACCUGGCGUUUCUUCAGCGACCCCUACCCUUCCUGCCCCUCCUUCUCGAUCGGCUCCGACACCUCAUUACCCGCCCCCGCCCCCACCACCAAAAUCGAAUCCUUACGACUUUUCGAGCUUGGGGGGUUCUUCGGCAUUCUCAUCAGCUGCUGCCCCUAGUCCGCCUGCUCAUCAGCAGAGGCAAGGUUCAUACGGCCUGUAUGGGUAUGCAUCCCCGACAUCCCCAUCACAGGGAGCGCAGCCCCAGCAGGCGACGCAGCCCUUGCAGAGUCCUUAUCCUGCCCCACCUUCGCAGCCUGCGAGACCGGCCACUCAGACGUAUGGGUCUUAUACCGCUCCUCAGGCUGUCUAUACUGCACCUCCAUCUCAGCCGGGGUACACUUCCCCUCCCCCUCAGCAAAGUUAUGCGCCACAGGGGUAUGGUCAGUCUGGGUAUCAACCUCAACCCCCAUCUCAGCCCCAAGCCCAAGGGCAGGGGCAGUACUACCCUCCCCCGCCAACACGUCCGGCUUAUACCUCUCCGCCGCCCCAGCAGCCAUCUUAUGGCGGCUAUGCUCCCCCCACAUCUGGCUACGCUUCCCAGGCCCCUUCGGGCUAUACUCAGCAGCCACAAGGGUAUGCUGCACCUCCUCAGACUCAGCCACAGCCACAAAGCCAAACUCAAGGGCAGCAGUACGGCUAUCAGGCUUAUGGUUACUCGGAUUCCCAGCUUCAACAGCAGCAGCAACAUGGAGGGUAUCCUCAGUACCGCUAG